AGGGAGCCUCGCGCGAAGGCUGAAGGGAGGAGGAGUGUGGCAGGCGGCCGGGAGCCCGGGCAGCCGGCAUGCCUCGGUAUGCGCAGCUAGUUAUGGGCCCCGCGGGCAGCGGGAAGAGCACCUACUGUUCCACUAUGGUUCAGCACUGUGAAGCCCUCAACCGCUCUGUGCAGGUGGUCAACCUGGAUCCAGCAGCAGAACACUUCAGCUACCCCGUGAUGGCAGACAUCCGGGAACUGAUCGAGGUGGAUGACGUGAUGGAGGACGAGUCUCUGCGGUUUGGUCCCAAUGGAGGAUUGGUAUUCUGCAUGGAGUACUUUGCCAACAACUUUGACUGGCUGGAGAACUGUCUGGGCCACGUUGAAGAUGACUACAUCCUUUUUGACUGUCCAGGUCAGAUCGAGCUGUACACACACCUGCCUGUGAUGAAGCAGCUGGUCCAGCAGCUUGAGCAGUGGGAAUUCCGAGUGUGCGGAGUGUUCCUGGUGGAUUCUCAGUUCAUGGUGGAGUCUUUCAAGUUUAUUUCUGGCAUCCUGGCAGCUCUAAGUGCCAUGAUUUCUCUAGAGAUCCCACAAGUUAACAUCAUGACGAAGAUGGACCUGCUCAGUAAAAAAGCCAAGAAAGAAAUUGAGAAGUUUCUAGAUCCAGACAUGUACUCUCUGCUAGAAGAUUCAACGAGUGACUUAAGAAGCCAAAAGUUCAAGAAGCUGACGCAAGCUGUGUGUGGUCUGAUCGAUGACUACAGCAUGGUUCGGUUUCUGCCGUAUGACCAGUCGGAUGAGGAAAGCAUGAACAUAGUGCUCCAGCACAUCGACUUUGCCAUUCAGUAUGGGGAGGACUUGGAGUUUAAGGAGCCAAAGGAACAGGAGGAAGAGUCUUCCUCCAUGUUUGAUGAAUAUUUUCAAGAACGGCAGAAUGAGUGAGGUUGACUACACAGUGACCAUCUGAUUGUGGCCACUCAGAACACUCUUUGGAGGAGGUGACCAUGGGAAGACGCUGCUUGUUUUAAUGUAAACACUGGGCUCUCCCUGGAGUGAGUGAGCCCGGAUUGUGCUCUGAGCUCUGAGACUGCUGCUUUCAAGAGAUUUUAUUCUGACAGCAUCAUUUUGGGUUUAAAAAGAUCAAAGUAGCAAAUCAUACACAAAGACUUGUAUAUAAUAUAAAUCAACCUAUCCCCACACAUAUAUCGUGUGUGUGUG